ACGUUGGGUUUGCGUGGCUUGGCUGCGUUGCGGCACCCGUGCGGCCUACCCAUGAGCUCGGACUUCCAGCAUUACAGUUUCAGGAUGCCGAACAUUGGGUUCCAGAACCUGCCUCUCAACAUAUACAUCGUGGUUUUUGGCACAGCCAUCUUCGUCUUCAUCCUCAGUUUGCUCUUCUGUUGCUACUUGAUCAGGCUCAGGCAUCAGGCACACAAAGAGCUUUACGCCUACAAACAGGUUAUACUCAAGGAGAAGGUGAAGGAGCUGAACCUUCAUGAGAUCUGUGCUGUGUGCCUGGAGGAGUUCAAGCCCAAGGAUGAGCUGGGAAUCUGUCCCUGCAAACAUGCCUUCCACAGGAAGUAAGUGAUGGCA